AUGAUUGGGUUAAAUUCUACAAAGCCACGAGGCGACACGAAAGAUUAUUUUCGCACGUUUGUGAACAAUAGACCUAAGAAUGAGCCCAAUUUUAUCUGGCCAAUCGAUCAAACUAUGAGAUACAAACGACAAAGUACCAAUGAGGAAAGUACAACAGACAGCUAUCUAAGCAGCUUCAAAAGCAUCUAUGCCGAUGAAAUUCUUAUAAAACCAAAACUUAUAAAAACCGACAACCAGCCGAGAGAAAAUACUUUUGACACGAUCUUUGGUAACUCCGUUCGUGGCUACAGCGUCAACAACACGACGACUGAAGCAGACAGUCAUGAAGUCUUUUCACGCACCACGACGUUGAAAAACGAACCAGACAUUCGAUCCAAAGAUAAAUUAAGAAAAGAGCAGAUGAUGCAAAUUAAAGCUCCCGCACCCAUCCGGCAAGACCUCGUUGAUCUAUUGAUAUCAAAGGCUCAAGCAAUUGAUAGCACAUUCAUGGAGAACGUGGAGUCUGAUACAAAUUCUUUGGUGAAUGGGUCAGCAAGCGAAUCCAUGUCCACUGGAAGAAUGGAUCAAAACCAGAGAAGUUUGUGGGUUCCAAAGCCUUUCUGA